AAUCGAUCAACGAAACAUGCUAUUACGAUCUUGAUAGAUGACGUAAGAACUGGUAUGGAUCAAGGUCAAUUGACUGGGUCAGUCUUUAUGGAUAUGCGUAAAGCUUUUGACACGGUAAACCAUGGUCAUCUUCUGGACAAACUACCAGCCUAUGGUAUUAAAGAUAUAGAAAUGAAAUGGCUUACAAGUUACCUGUUUGCACGAGCCCAAGUUGUAAAUUUCAAAGGAACGCUCUCAGAUAAAAAAACCAUUACUCACGGAGUCCCGCAGGGCUCCAUUCUAGGACCACUGCUGUUUGCUUUACUUAUAAACGAUCUUCAUACUGAAGUAACUGAAUGUAAAAUUCUACUCUAUGCCGAUGAUACAGUGGUAUAUUUUAGUCAUAGGAACAUUUCCCAAUUGGAAACUAUCGUAAAUGAAGAAGUUAAUAAGAUAGCAAAAUGGAUGUCGGAAAAUCAUCUAACACUAAAUUUGAAGAAAGGAAAAACUGAAUUUCUCCUGUUUGGGAGCGCCAAAAGACUGGGUAAAGAAUCUUCCUCUCCUAUCAACAUCAAGAUCAACGGUGAACAUCUUAAUCAAACAACGCAAUACAAGUAUUUGGGUGUACUACUUGACCACCAUCUUACUCUCCACGAACAAGUUCGUACUGUGUAUCACAAAACCUCUACAAGAUUAAAGUUACUCAAACGAGUAAGGCACAAUUUAACCACCUAUGCAGCUGAGCGAGUCUAUCUAAAUAUGAUCCAACCAAUUAUUACAUACUGUCCAGCAGUGUAUCUUGGUUUGCGAACGUAUUUGAAAGAAAAACUUCAAUCAGUCCAGGAUCGGGGGAAAAAAAUUGUGCUUUCGAAACAGACUGAUGUUAAGUGGAAAUCAAUCUCGGAAAUAAUCAACCAAAAGACUCUUUUGGAUGUUCAUAAAGCGAUUCAACGAGCCUCUCCUCCCGUGUUCCAUGAGUUCUUCACAUUUCUCAAUCAUGGGAAGAACACUCGAGGGCAUGCAUUCAUCGCACUACAGUUUUCGACGUUAUCGUUAAUCAAAGCUUGA